AGCUGACCGGAGAUCUGCUCGGACGCGCCACUGUUGUUUGAGCUCCUGUCGGAACAAUUGGAAUAUUUGUCUCCAGCCCCGGUAGCCGUAGUUCUCAAAUACGACAACAGGGAUCAGCCAUGGGUGAUACGCACAACCAGGUGAAGAUGAAGUUCUCCUCCGAGGAAGAGUACCCGGACCUCAGCAAGCACAACAACUACAUGUCCAAGGUGCUGACCCCGGCUCUGUACGAGCGACUGCGGGGCAAGCAGACCCCCAGCGGCUUCACCCUGGAUGACAUCAUCCAGACCGGGGUGGACAACCCAGGCCAUCCCUUCAUCAUGACCGUGGGCUGCGUGGCAGGAGACGAGGAGACGUACGAGGUCUUCAAGGAGCUGCUGGACCCCGUGAUCGAGGAACGCCACGGAGGCUACAAGCCCACCGACAAGCACAAGACGGACCUCACCGCCAGCAACCUGAAGGGCGGAGACGACCUCGACCCCGACUACGUCCUGAGCUCCCGAGUCCGGACCGGCCGCAGCAUCCGCGGCUUCUGCCUGCCGCCUCACUGCAGCCGAGGAGAGCGGCGCGCGGUGGAGGAGCUCUCCAUCGAAGCGCUGGCCUCCCUGAGCGGAGAGUUGAACGGGAAGUACUACGCCCUGAAGAACAUGACCGACGCCGAGCAGCAGCAGCUCAUCGACGACCACUUCCUGUUUGACAAGCCGGUGUCUCCUCUGCUGCUGUCCGCCGGGAUGGGCCGCGACUGGCCCGACGCCAGGGGCAUCUGGCACAACGACAACAAGACCUUCCUGGUGUGGGUGAACGAGGAGGACCACCUGCGUGUCAUCUCCAUGCAGAAGGGCGGCAACAUGAAGGAAGUGUUCAGCCGCUUCUGCAGUGGACUCACCAAGAUUGAGACCCUGUUCAAGGAGAGGAACCACGCCUUCAUGUGGAACGAGCACCUGGGCUACGUCCUCACCUGCCCCUCCAACCUGGGCACCGGACUGCGGGCCGGCGUCCACGUCAAGCUGCCCAACAUGAGCAAGAACGCCAAUUUCGAGGAGGUCCUGAAGAAGCUGCGGCUGCAGAAGAGAGGAACCGGGGGCGUCGACACGGCCGCUGUCGGCGGAACCUUCGACAUCUCCAACGCCGACCGGCUGGGCUUCUCCGAGGUGGAGCUGGUGCAGACGGUGGUGGACGGAGUGAAGCUGUUGGUGCAGAUGGAGAAGAAGUUGGAGACGGGCGAGUCCAUCGAUGACAUCAUGCCCUAGACCACUGGACCAUCAGGACCCCCCCAGGACCCUAAGACCCCCCCCCCCUCACCCGUCUGAAUGAAUGUCGACUCCGUCCCUAAAAAUGCCCUCGUAUCAGUUUGUUUGUGUAUUUAAGACGAAACUGUUCCUGUGAGGAUGACAUAAAACACAAAAAUAAUUCUU